UUGACACCUACUGCGACUACCUCCCUUCGUUAGUAGGUAGUCGCUAACUUAUUGGACUAGAAUGGCCAACCGGGAAGCGGGAAGUUUGCUGGAGAAAUGCCUCAGGGCGGCAGAGGCAAAAGCCUCCACUCAACUCACUGAGGCCGUGAGGCACAACUACUGCAGUGUCAGAGAUUCCCUGUGUGUGGAGCUGACUUUGCUUUUGCGGGAGGCCCUGGAAAUGAGGUGGCCCUUUGUGCCUGAGAAGUGGCAGUACAAGCAGGCCAUCAGCUCCGAUGACAAGAGCAACUCGAGCGAGCUCGUCGGACAGCAUCUACCUCAGCUCCUGAAUGUCCUGGAGGCCGCGAUCAUGGCCCAGGAAGCGCAGGCGGCUCUCGCGGUGAUCUUUUUGGUGGACCGCUUUCUCUACUGGACAGACGAGUCAGGGCAGUUGUUGAAGAUCUGCAAGCUGCUUCAUAAACGCUACCCAGACGCCCCGGUGGCCCCUCAGCUGAUCAUACGACAGGCCCGGGUGUACUUCAAUUUUGGCAAACUGCAGAAGGCCGAGCACAUAUUGAGCCAUCUUAUCAUCAACAGCGGGACCACGGGAUGUUGGGUGUACCAUUCGGAAAGUGACCGUGCUCUUGUGCAGGCCGUCAGCCUGCAAGUGCGCGGAAUGGUUUUGCAAAAACUAGGCCUGUGGCUGGAGGCCGCGCAGCUCAUCUGGGCUUCUCUGGUUGGGUACUACACGCUGCCUCAGCCAGAUAAAAAGGGUAUCGGCACCUCUCUUGGCAUCCUCGCGAACAUCCUGCUGUCCAUGAAUGAUGAGGACUUCCAUGCUUUUAAGACCACCCAAGACAUUGAUUUAACUUUGCUCGGCGACGCAACCCAUCGCCUUUUGUUGGCAGCUAAGGCGGCCAAAAUGGCGGUGGUAUACAGCCAAUACACGUCGCUCUAUGUGCUGACCAAUGUGACCGCCCUUGGGACCUGCUUGUUGUCGUACAGUUUCUCCGUGGCGUGCCCCCCAGCAAAGAGGGCGUUCUACCUCCAACAGGCCAAGGAGGCCUUUGAAGUGGGCCUCCUCAGCAAAACCGAGGGCGACGAUGUCACCAGCAAGCAGGAGCUGCACACCUUCAUCAAGGCGGCUUAUUCGCUCGUCGUCACUCACAAAUGGCUCGCCGCAGCCUCCGAGGACGUGACGGGGGCGACGCGGGCUUGCCAAGAAGCUUUGGCUCGUUUUUACGAUUACUCCCACGCGGACACCCAGGACAGGGGCGGCUUUUGUGCCGAAAUCAUGCGACUGAUGACCCGAGUCAAGCUGGAGUUGCGCGUGGAGCCGUUCGUCAAUUCCGACAGUCGCUCUUUUAUCCCCGAUAGCUUCAGAGACGUGAAUGACACCAUGGUCGGCUUAACUUUGGACGGCUUCUCCAGAGUGCUGCAGAGAUUUCAGAAGUAUCACGUGUCACUGUGUAAGACCACGGACGCUAAGUGUAAGGCUGGGAAGGAGGAGGUAGAUGGAGCAGGGAUUUGCAUCACAGCAUUCGGGACCACCGUGGAUGUUCUCGACACUGAGUGCAUCGCAGAGGCUUGUAAUUCUUCAAGAGAGGUGUCCGCCGAUGUUUCUCGACCGCCUGAUCUCCGCUGGAGUGUCGCAAGUGCAAACAGCCUCGGCUCUUCCUGGAAGAAGCUCUCCUCCACAAGUUGCGGGUCAGGGAGAUGGGCUGUUGGCAGCCCUGCGAUCCUCACGCCGCAAAGACCCGCCACCCGCUUUUCCUCCAGUUCCAAUCACAGCUCUGACAGGUUUGAAAUACUCGAAGCAGAUAUACCAACGGCGGACUCCGACGCCCCCGAUGAUGACCCCGGGCCGACGGGCCCAUCAGCGGACGGACUACCGCGGUCCUUAUCCCAGCUGAUACUCAGCUCAAGCUCUCUCAGCAACAGUUUUGGCUCCAAGUCGUCAUGGGAAAACAUUUCAGCGGGCCUGAGAUCAUCCCGGUUCGCCGGAAGCCGCCAGAGCAGCAAAUCAUCCGAGUCGAGCGGGAGCUUCUUUCUCAUGAGAACGCAAGAUUGCGAAGUUAGCGAUUCAGAAUAUGACCCCGCUUCCGGAUGGGAAUUCCUAGGCCUGCCCAAACCUCUCGAGACCCCUAAAGUCGAUGCCGGCAGUUGCAACACCACAGAACCCUCUACAGAAGAUUCUCAUGGGACACCGGAGGAAUCGAUCCUUGAUCCUCAAACCUUGAACCCCCGGUGCAACGGCUGUCUCAAGAGAAACACCCUGGCUCAGGUUGAUCCGCUGAGGCAGUACGACUUGUCCCCGGAGGACUACCGCAGCCUCCUGGCUGGGGUUUGCCACGAAUGUUUGCUGAAGAGACUGAGCAGCGACAAGAAGUUCAAACUUGAGCAGUACGGCACGGCCCACAAUGCUCUACAUUUAAAGUUCUCCAAAGCCUCGGGACUAUGGACCGCGAGGGAGACCUGUGCCUAUAUUGGCGAGUCGAUGGGCUUGCACGGCACCCACAGAACCGCCAUCUGGGUCCAGUUCUUACACCAGGAAGAACGGCUGAGCAGUUACGUCGGGAAGGACUACCGGAAGCCGACGCAGAUCCAGUUUCACCUGAGAGACGUGGAGAGGCAAAUGACGGCCCAGUAUUACGUGACAGAAUUCAACAAGAGCCUCUACGACAAGGAGGUCAUGGCCCAGAUGUUCUUCCUGCCCUCAGAGGCGCUGUUGAUUCUGGAUGGAGAUGUCAUCGCGGGCUGCAUCACCGUGGAGCCCUACAUGCUAGGCCAAUUUGUCAAGCUCACCAACAACAUCAAAAAGAAGAACGACGCUCUCCCUGCGACGGAAUACGGCCUGGCCUUCGGACAUUUCACCUACCUGCACUCCAACGGCCAGGACGUCGUCGUGGACUUGCAAGGGUGGGUGACGGCCAACGGCAAAGGGCUGACGUACCUCACCGACCCGCAGAUACACUCCACCAGAACCCCCCGCGGCCCUUCCAACCUCGCCCACGGGGGCAUCGCUUCCUUUCUGCGGGAGCAACACGGACCGGAGUGCAACAGCGUUUGCCGGCUCCUCAACCUGCCGCCGGUGCCCAAACAGUCACAGUGAAGCAUCAGAAAUUCAAGCCUUCCUUGAUGUUGUUUCUAACACUGACGCUCGAAUCAAUAAAAAUGGUGAUGAAAGAUU